CGCCUUUAGUUCCAGUUUAUCUUACUGUUUUUCCUUCUUUUUUUUCCCUUUACCAUUUUAGUAAUGGCCACGUUGCAGCUACCAGCCACUAAUUUGGCCAACUUGGCAAAUUUGCCUCCUGGCACUAAACUCUACCUUACCACCAACAGCAAGAAUCCUUCAGGAAAAGGAAAACUGCUUUUGAUCCCUCAAGGAGCCAUCCUGCGAGCUACCAACAGCGCUAACCUCCAGUCCAGCUCAGCUGCUGGCAGUGGCAGUGGUGGUGGUGCAGGAGGAGGAGGCGGUGGAGGCUGCAGUGGCAGUGGUGGUGGAGGCAGCGGAGGAGGCGGCGGCAGUGGAACAGGAGGAUCUCAAAGCACCCCUGGCCCUGGAGGGAUAUCCCAGCACCUGACUUACACAUCUUACAUCCUCAAGCAAACUCCCCAG